CAAAGUGCUGUUGUCUGAUCAAACAUCUUCCCUGUCAGUACAUAGCAGCACACAUCAGUAGAGAGACAGAGACAUGAGCAAUUCAUCUGAAGAUCUCCUGAUCAUCUAUGAGGCAGAGGCCGAGCAGUGGGCAUCAUACCUGCACUUCCAUCUGGUAGGGCCAAUUCCUGAGGCUGGCAUCUGUUGUUAUGAUAUUGCUUUGGUGACAAGUCGCCAGGAUGACUUCCUGCGACUUAGUGGAUACAAAUGUAAGCUGCUUAUCCUGUCGCGUGGCAUGCUGGAGGGGCUAUGCCAGCUCCGGCGGUACUUUCUGAAUCGUGUAUUACGACCAGAGACAAGUGUGGUGAUUCUCUUAUGUGGAGUGGAAAGCUUGGAUCCUCUGCUAGAGCUGGUUCCACUAAAGAGAGAGCAGUGUCUCCAAAUCUCCAGCGAGCAGGAGCCCCGGGACUAUCAACUUGCUGUGGCAGAGAUUGUUCACAAAGGUAAGAAAGUUUGGGAAGUUUUGGAAUUGGGUUGACAACAAAAAACAAAAAUGUAGAUUUGAUACAUAACAUAUACAUUACAUAACAUUUAACAUUUAAAUAAGUUUCAGUAACACUGUAUUCCCUUAAAG